AUGCUCUACGAAUUUGAUCGAGGCUCAACAGCACCUGAAGCAACAAAGAAUAUUCAAGCGGUAUAUGGCGAGGAAGCGGUCGGCAGUUCCACUUGUUACCGAUGGUUUUCCAAGUUCCGUUCCAAAGAUGCCACUUUGACAGAUAAACCUCGUUCCGGGCGACCUGUGGACUUUGACGAUGAAGCGUUGCAAGGUUUACUCGACGCUGAUCCACAUCAAACAACACGCGAAUUAGCCGAACAAUUCAACUGUCAUCACUCGACAGUGGAGCGUCAUCUUCAUGCUCUCGGUAAGGUACAUAAGUAUGGACGUUCAGUUCCACACCAAUUAUCCAAAGACAACUUGGUUCAGUAA